UGUUUUUGUUGCGAGCGGUGGAAACGACGGGCGCUGCGCUUCGUAAAUUUUGUGUACGUUAAUUUCUGUAAACGCCGUUCGUUGUGUAUGUGUGUGUAGUAGUUACUUGUAUGCUGGCGAGUUGUGUUUUUUUGCGCUUACGUACAGUUAAUAUUCAUAUUUGUUGUAAGCGCACACACAGCACUGCAAGGCACAAUUCUUAAUUAAUUGCAGUAAAUUUGUGCUGCAAAAUGUGCGCAAAACGUGUGCGAUAAAAGUGUGCGAUUAAAAAAGAAACAACAACAAAACGCAAAAAUAAAAGUAAAGCCACACACAAAAAAUAAAAGCGAAAAAAGUGCAGGGCCAAAAAAAAAAAAAAAAACUGCGCGUGCCUGUCUCUGGCUCUGUAUUAGUGUAUUUGUCACUGUGUGAGUGAGUGAACGUGUACGUGUAAGUGUGCGUGUGCGUUUGCGUUUGCAACAGAUGCUGCAAACGUUACGCUCCUCUAUGUGUGUGUUGUUGUUGUGCAAAGACAACAACAGCAACAACAUCAUCGACAACGACAACAACAACAACGCUUAAACACCGACUACAACUCAACUCGUAAAUACGUCAUCAACUGAGCAACAACAACGUAACAACAACAACCAGCAGCCAUGUUCAAGUGCAUUCCAAUUUUCAAAGGCUGCAACAGGCAGGUGGAAUUUGUGGACAAACGCCACUGUUCGCUGCCCCAAGUGCCCGAGGAAAUAUUGCGCUACUCGCGUACCCUUGAGGAACUUUUUCUGGAUGCGAAUCACAUACGCGAUUUGCCAAAGAAUUUCUUCAGAUUGCAUCGCCUGAGAAAACUGGGCUUGAGUGACAAUGAAAUUGGUCGCCUGCCGCCGGACAUACAAAACUUUGAAAAUCUUGUCGAACUCGAUGUUUCACGAAACGAUAUUCCCGACAUUCCCGAUGACAUUAAGCAUCUGCAGAGCCUGCAGGUGGCCGAUUUCAGCUCGAAUCCGAUACCAAAACUGCCAUCUGGAUUCUCACAGCUGAAAAAUCUAACCGUGCUGGGCCUCAAUGAUAUGUCUCUCACAACAUUGCCCGCCGAUUUUGGCAGUUUGACGCAGCUCGAAUCGCUGGAGCUCCGUGAAAAUCUGCUUAAGCAUUUACCCGAAACGAUAAGUCAGCUGACGAAGCUGAAACGCCUCGAUCUGGGCGACAACGAAAUCGAGGACUUGCCACCAUAUCUAGGUUAUUUGCCGGGUCUGCAUGAACUCUGGCUGGAUCACAAUCAGCUGCAGCGUUUGCCACCAGAGCUGGGAUUGCUCACAAAGCUGACGUAUCUGGAUGUGUCAGAGAAUCGGCUGGAGGAGCUGCCCAACGAGAUUGGCGGACUGGUUAGCCUCACCGAUCUGGAUCUGGCACAGAAUCUGCUCGAGACACUGCCCGAUGGCAUUGCCAAGCUGAGUCGCCUGACCAUCUUGAAGCUGGACCAGAAUCGCCUACAGCGUUUGAACGAUACGCUUGGCAACUGCGAUAACAUGCAAGAGCUCAUCUUGACGGAGAACUUUCUGUCCGAGUUGCCAGCGUCGAUUGGUCGCAUGAGCAAGUUGAGCAACCUGAAUGUCGAUCGCAAUGCAUUGGAGUAUCUGCCGCUGGAGAUUGGCGAAUGCGGCAAUCUGGGUGUGUUGAGUCUGCGCGAUAACAAGCUCAAGAAACUGCCGCCCGAGCUGGGCAACUGCAGCGUGUUGCAUGUGCUCGAUGUGAGUGGCAAUCAAUUGCUGUAUUUGCCCUACUCGUUGGUCAAUUUGCAACUGAAGGCCGUUUGGCUGUCGGAGAAUCAAUCGCAGCCACUUCUCACGUUCCAACCUGACACGGAUGCCGAAACCGGCGAACAAGUGCUCUCGUGUUAUCUGUUGCCCCAACAGGAAUAUCAGCCGAUUACACCGGACUAUCCACCCCAGGCGCUUUAUAGAUCAAGCGAAAAAUUCGAUUCGAUGGAUUUCUUCAGUUAUCAACAGAAAGCACGCGAUCUGGAAUCCGAUUCGGAGCCAUACGAGGAACGCGAACCGUCGCGCACCGUUGUCAAGUUCUCCGAGGAGGUGUCCCAGGAGAAGGAUACGCCAUUUGUGCGUCAGAAUACGCCGCAUCCGAAGGAUCUGAAGGCCAAGGCCCAGAAGCUGAAGGUGGAGCGCAGUCGGCAUGAGGAGAACACCAAUUUGAUGUCACUGCCAGAGGAGAACGGCACGAAGCCAGUUGUGACAGAAACCCCCACCGAGACACGAACCCAAGCAAAUAAUCACCAACAAGUAGCCGUGACAACCACCAAUAACACCAGUGCCGCACAGCCGGUACAGAAACCAGCAGCUGUGGUGAAUUCUUCCAAACCGGUUGCGGUUGGCAUUGUUUCACCAACACCAACACCCACCACUGUAGCACAGCCACAAUCCACACAGGGUGAUUCGACAACUGCUGCUGCAGCUGAGGAAGAUGCCGACGAGCAGGAAGAUGAAUAUGAAACCGAUCGUCGUGUUGGCUUUCAGGUGGAGGGUGAAGACGAUGACUUCAAGAAUCGACCACCCAAACUGCACAGACGCGAUACACCGCAUCAUUUGAAGAACAAACGUGUUCAGCCGUUGACCGACAAACAGGCCAGCGAAAUAUUGGCCAAUGCUUUGGCCUCACAGGAGCGCAACAACGAGCAAACGCCUCAGCACUCGGUGCAGUCACCCAUUGAGGAGGAGAAUACCGAUGCUGAGCAGCUGGAACAGGAACAGGAGCAGCAGCAACAACAACAUCCAUUCGAUGCAUCGCUCUCCCCAAUACCAGCGCCCACUUCAGCCGAAGCCGUCUCAGAUAACAUUGAUGGCGUCACAGAGCUGCGUUUGGAGCAGUACGAAAUACACAUUGAACGCACCUCCGCGGGGCUUGGACUGAGCAUCGCUGGCGGCAAGGGUUCGACACCGUUUAAAGGCGAUGACGAUGGCAUUUUCAUAUCACGCGUCACCGAGGCGGGGCCAGCGGACUUGGCUGGCUUGAAAGUGGGCGACAAGGUGCUCAAGGUGAACGGCAUCGUUGUGGUCGAUGCGGAUCACUAUCAGGCAGUGCAAGUUCUGAAGGCUUGCGGUGCCGUGUUGGUGUUGGUGGUGCAACGCGAGGUCACGCGGCUCAUUGGGCAUCCGGUGUUCAGUGAGGAUGGCAGCAUUUCGCAGAUCUCGGUGGAGACGCGUCCACUCGUCGCCGAGUUAGCGCCAGCUGCGCCACAAGAGCGCUACAUUCCGCCACCAAUACAAAUCAUACCCGAACAGCAGCAGCAACUGUUGCAACAACAGCAGCAGCUGCAGCAACAGCAGUAUCAGCAACCACAGCAGCCAAUACAACAGAUUGCUCCAGUUUCGAAUGGAAUGCUGCUGCAGAAUGGCAAGGACACGACGGCGCCGCUGAGCUUUAUUCAAUUGCACACGACGCUGAUACGGGAUCAAAUUGGCCAGGGAUUGGGCUUCAGCAUUGCCGGCGGCAAGGGCUCGCCGCCGUUUAAGGAUGACUGCGAUGGCAUUUUCAUAUCGCGCAUCACCGAGGGCGGACUUGCCCAUCGCGAUGGCAAAAUCAUGGUCGGCGACCGUGUCAUGGCGAUUAACGGCAAUGACAUGACGGAGGCGCAUCACGACGCCGCUGUUGCCUGCCUCACUGAGCCGCAGCGAUUUGUGCGUCUCGUGCUGCAGCGCGAAUAUCGCGGUCCCCUCGAGCCGCCCACAAGUCCGCGCAGUCCCGCCGUGCUCAACUCGUUGAGUCCCUCCGGAUAUCUGGCGAAUCGACCAGCCAACUUUAAGCGCUCUGUGGGCGAUGUGAAUGCCGCGGAGCAGCCUUACAAGUACAACACAUUGGCCACCACGCCCACAGCAACGGCAACUGGUGUUGCCUACACAAACAACAACAAUAAUAACACGCUGCCUAACAACAAGACAAACGGAUUUGUCACAGCUACAGCUCCAACUGCUGCUGUUGCUACUGCCCAGGUGGCUGCUGCUACGAUUCCUGCCGCAGUUGCUGCGUCACAUAUUGACAAAUCCACAGGUCAGCCAGUGCCAGCGCCGCGUCGCACCAACUCUGUGCCCUUGGGCGAUGGCGAUGGGCCACUGAAUGGUGCGGCAUCCACAAGCAGCGGCGACUCGGGCGAGGCUCAGUCCUCAUCACUGCGGCCACUGACCAGCGAUGAUUUUCAGGCGAUGAUACCGGCACACUUUCUCAGCGGCGGCAGUCAGCAUCAGGUGCAUGUGGCACGGCCCAAUGAGGUGGGCGUGAGUGCCGUGACGGUUAAUGUGAAUAAACCGCAGCCCGAUUUGCCAAUGUUCCCAGCGGCGCCCACCGAAUUGGGGCGUGUCACCGAGACCAUCACGAAGUCCACGUUCACGGAAACCGUGAUGACCCGCAUCACCGACAAUCAGCUGGCGGAGCCAUUGAUCAGUGAGGAAGUGGUACUGCCCAAGAAUCAAGGCUCUCUCGGCUUCAGCAUCAUCGGAGGCACGGAUCAUUCCUGUGUGCCAUUUGGUACUCGCGAACCGGGCAUUUUCAUUUCACACAUUGUGCCGGGUGGCAUUGCCUCAAAAUGUGGCAAGCUGCGAAUGGGCGAUCGCAUACUGAAAGUGAACGAAGCUGAUGUUUCAAAGGCCACACAUCAGGAUGCUGUCCUCGAACUGCUGAAGCCUGGCGAUGAGAUCAAGCUCACCAUACAACACGAUCCCCUGCCUCCUGGUUUUCAGGAAAUUCUGCUGGCCAAGGCAGAGGGCGAGCGCUUGGGCAUGCACAUCAAGGGCGGCCUGAAUGGACAGCGCGGUAAUCCAGUGGAUCCAUCUGAUGAGGGCGUUUUUGUGUCCAAAAUUAACUCGGUCGGAGCGGCGCGACGCGAUGGAAGGCUUAAGGUGGGCAUGCGUCUGCUGGAGGUCAACGGACAUUCGCUGUUGGGCGCCUCGCAUCAAGAUGCGGUCAACGUACUGCGCAAUGCUGGCAAUGAGAUUCAAUUGGUCGUGUGCAAGGGCUACGACAAAUCCAGUUUAAUGCAUUCCAUUGGCCAGGCUGGCGGCAUGAGCACCGGCUUUAAUUCGUCUGCAUCCUGCAGCGGCGGCAGUCGUCAAGGCUCGCGCGCUUCGGAGACAGGCUCUGAACUGAGUCACAGCCAAAGUGUCUCCAGUCUGGAUCACGAUGAAGAGGAACGCCUACGACAGGACUUUGAUGUGUUCGCCACGCAACAACAACCUGUCGAUACAACAGCAGUUGGCACUCCGGAGCCAACGAGCCAAACAGGCUUGGCAGCAGCGGCUGCUCUGGUGCAUGGCUCCCCAUCACCCGUACCACCCACCACACCGACACCGCCCGUUGCGUCCGCUGAUUUAGCACAGCCAGACACUGUUGCCGCACAGACCGUGGCGCUCAUUCACGCCGAACAGGCGCCGCAACAGCAGCAGCAGCAACAGCAGACGCAACUGGCAACAAUUGGACAGGAGAAGAGCACACAGGAGAAGGUGCUGGAAAUUGUACGCGCCGCGGAUGCUUUCACCACAGUGCCACCGAAAUCACCAUCAGAGCAUCAUGAACAGGACAAGAUACAAAAGACAACGACGGUUGUUAUAUCGAAGCACACGCUCGAUACAAAUCCUACCACACCCACAACGCCAGCUCCUUUGCCGAUAGGUGCGGCGCCUCCAGAGUCAGCGACCGCUGCACAGACUCAGACACAACAACAACCACAGCAGCAGCAGCAGCAACAACCACAACAACAGCAGCAGCAGCAACAUCAGCAGUUAUCACCUGCGGGGGAGAAUGUGACGUCAACAGCAACAGCAACAACUAAAGUGCCUAAAUCGGUAUCCGAUAAAAAACGCUUCUUUGAGUCCGCCAUGGAGGAUCAACACAAGCCCACACAAAAGACAGAGAAAGUUUUUUCAUUCCUGUCAAAGGAUGAAGUCGAAAAGUUGCGCCAGGAGGAGGAGAAGAAAAUUGCAACAUUGCGUCGUGAUAAGAAAUCCAGAUUAUUGGAUGCCGCCAAUGACAACAUUGACAAGGACGAUGCCAGGCAACAUGAUAACGCUGACAACAGCAACAGCAGCGAUAAUGAUGACGACGACGACGACGAUGACGAUGAUGAUGAUGAGGACGCUAACGAUGACAAUGAUGAUGAGGAUAACGAGCUGACCGGUCGCAAGGAUGUCGUUGAUAAUGUUGUGCUGGCGCAGUUCGAUGAUGCGGAGGACAUUAGAACCGCACAAAGUCAAGCGCAGACAAUUCGCGCCCCAAGCAAAAUACCCAAGCAACAGCAACAACAGAGGCAGAAACAACCUAUCAAGGCCACGCCCACUCCCACGGCUGCAAAUGAUGCGCCCAAACCUUCACUGUUGCCCAAGCCAAAGGUCAAAGUUGUCAUACCGCCCGCAUUGCAGCAGCGUCUUUGGCAGCAGCAGCAACAACAACAGCAGACGCAACCCGAUGAGCCAACCAUUCAGGAGGAGCAGGAUGCGGAGGUGGAGCAGCAGCAACAACCUGCCACGCCCACGGGCAGUCGCAUACCCGUGCGCACACUGAAAGCCGAACGCCGUGCCCUGGCAGCAGCAGCUCGCCAGGCGGGCAUCACAGUCGAGGAGUACAUGCAGCAGCUGGAGCUGGAGCAGGAGCAAUCGGUGCCGCAGUCACCGACAACGCCCACGGGCAAGAGUCGUGCCCUGAUGAACGCCGAGAAGCGUGCCUCAUGGCGUGCGGCUCGUCUACGUUCCCUGGAACAGGGCGCUGUCGAGGCACAGGAUGUGAUUAAGAAUAUGCGCAAAAUUACUGAUGAUUUGAUCACACAUGAAUCAAGAGCCAGCGAGCCGAAAAUAGUCUUUCCAAAAAUUGCCAUAAAAUCAAGCGAUGGUCCGGUCAUCGUGCGCGAACGCGAGAAAAUACUCGACGAGAAAAUUGUGAGACGCACUGAGGAGGUGCCCUGCCCCAUAACGGGGCAACCUCAAUUGCGCACCGUCGAGUACAUUGAGAAAAUCAUCGAAACGGAGGUCGAGACUUGCAAAGAGCGCAUCAUUUCAUUGGAGCUGCAAGUGCCAGAGUCCGACGAUGGCUCUCUAGACGCUACAUUGCCGCCGCUGGAACUGCAGGCGGAUGAUGAUUUCGACGACGAUGACUAUGACGACGACGACGAGGAAGAGGAGGAGGAAGAGGACACCGCCUCAAUUGUUACAGUGCAGGCAACCAGUGACAAAUUGUUUUUGCGCCACGAUGCAGACGCCUAUGGGCCUUCGUCCAUUGAGAGCGUGUCGUCGGGCAAGGUUCGCAUUAAAGCAACGCCGCUAACGCUGCACCAGACGCUGGCCAAGGAGACAACCAUUGUGGAGGUGCUGAAUCCCAUCAUCGGUGGCGAUGGCAACGCUCGCACUAUUCAAGUGAGCGGCUCGCCCUUUGACCAGGACGAGCUGACGGGUCAGGGCGCAACGGCGUUGCUGCAUAGCGAAACUUUUGUGCUGCCCACUGGUGGCGGCAAGUCGGAGCUAUCGUUAAAUGCUAAAAUGAAGAAUGUACUUGAGGAGCUGCUGGAGAACGAACGCGUCAAAUUGAAUUUGCAAAAGAGCCUCGAGGAGAACAGCGACGAGGAGAAGGACAACGACGACGACGAGGAGGGUGAGGGUGAGAAUAUCUAUGUAGAUGCGCACGAUGAUGAUGAGAGCGCCUAUGGUGAUGCCAUGGAUGAUGUUGUUGACUUUGGCAUUACAGCGGCGCCGUCGGGUGGUGGAACUCGGGGUCAAGACGAUGCCAAGAACGGUAAUCAGCAGAUUCUUGAUGAGCUGAUAAGGGACAGCAAUCGCAACACCAUCAUCGGGAAAUUGGCCAGCCAAUUGGCCAUGAACGAGGAUGACGACGAUGACGAGGACGAUGAUGAUGAGGAGGAUGACGAAAGCAGCGACUCCUCGGACGAUGAUAGCGAUGAUUCCGACGAGGAAGACAACGCGGAGGAGCAGCUAAAUGUCGCCUAUGUGCAGGGCGCACAAGUAAUCGAGAAUCUCAAUACAGGUGACGCAGGCAGCAAGCUGCAAAAGUCACAGACCUACACCACCAUAAAGCAGGCAGAGACGACAGAGCAGGUGGAACCACAAGCCGCAUCUCCGUGCGGCUCGGCUGGCGACACACUCGCUCAACUGCAGGCCGAGCAGCGUGCGCUGGCCGAGAUCUCAAAACAGUUGCGCAAGUCCGUGGAGGAUUUGCUCAGCGCCGAUGGCGGCACCGUGGUGGAAACACAACGCACAUACACACUGCCUGCGGCCAGCGAUAGUGCUGCUGUUGUCACGGUCACCGAGGUGGUGAAGAAGCAGAAGAAGUCAGGACGUCGGGCGAGAGGUGACGACGAGUCUGGCGAGGCUAUAUUCAAUCGUCUGCUCAGUGCUGGUGAGUCGCAGCGUCAGAUCUUUGACCAGCAACAGGGCGAAACCAUUACGACGACGACAACAACCACAGAGGCAGUGCCAAGUACGGCAGCAGCGGCGGCAGCUGGUGAACCGACAAGCACCAGUGUGGUGACCACCACACGUACUGUCUCCAACAUUGUCACCAGCGGUAUUCCUAGGCUUGAGGCGAGCAAACAAACCGCACGCAGCACAAGCAACACCAGUAGCAGCAACAACAACAGCAACAACGGCAACGGCAACCGCAGCAAAAACAAGCGUAAGGGCAAGAAGAAAUAAACGAGCGACGAUAGAACAACGAUAGAGAACGACAAAUUGCGCAUACGACACAUGGUCUGUAUGGAGUAUUAAGUAAACGCAUACAUUCCAGCAUGCAUACACAUUUAAGCGAUAUGUAUGUACAAUCGCGUACAUAUCUCACAAAACCCAUCAUCAUCAACAUCGUCAUCGCCACCCCCUCCCCUCACCCGCCACCAUUUCGUUCACCCUUUUGUCGCCGCUCAGACUUGGGCACAAUCAGAUCAUAUCAGCGCGCUAAGGAGCAUUGUAAAAUGUGCCGUUAGACAUAUAUAAAUAUAUAUAUAUAUAUAUAAUACAAAUUUAUGUGUGUACAUAUGUAUAUACAUAGAUAUCAAUAUGCAUAUGUAUAUAAAAAUAAUUGUUUAAUUAAUUGUGCAAAUUAACUUGUCGUUGCAUUUAAAUCUCAUUUGUUACUAAUCAAAAUAAUGUGUGCAACAUGACGAUGAACCGGAGGAUGCAAUUAUAAUAGAAAUAUAGCAAAAAAAAAACAAUUUAAAGUCCCUGCAAGCCGCCACAUUAACAUUACCCACAAUUAAUGCAAGAAGAACGCGAACAAAAAUACUCAACAAAAGUCUUAUUUAAUUUAUUUAAAUAAUUUCAUUUUGUUUUGUUUUGCAUUUACCCGUAACACAAACACACACACAUACACAUAAUUUGCAUUUAAUUUGUCAUUAAGCUUCGUUUUCGAUUUCCCCAAAAAGGCGAAUACAAAUUAAAUAUCGUAUUUUUGUUUUAGCACAAAAGUUAAGAAUGGCGUCCAGCCGAUGAAAGUAUUUACAUUUCGAUGGCCCCCUCCACACUAUCUUUAUAAUAUGAAUAUGAACUCCGAGCAUUCCGAUUGCCCACCUUUAAAACUGGGCCUAAGCUUAAGGUUUAGCUCUAAGCGUCGACACAACACACAUCUGAAACAACACAAUGCAACACAAGAGAAAAGUUAUCAAUAGAGCCAUUGAUAAGUGUUGCAUUAAUCUACUAUAUAGAGUAGUGGCUGUAGUUGUAGUACAUAGUUAUUAUACGAUUAUACAAAGCACAAUUUAAAAGUUACGAGGUAGUCAGUUUCUAAAUCCAUAAAUUUAAACUGUAAAGAACCAAUACGAGCAAAAUGAUAUAAUACCUAUAUGAUAUAUGAUACUAUACAUUUAGUUUGUAAGCGAGUAAAAACCAUUUUUUAUAAACUGACAAAAACAUUGUUGCAAUGUAAUAAACAAU